GUUUAACUAGUAUUUAAAAAGAAGGCUCUUUGAAUCGUAACGGCUGAACUUUGGGGAGCGCUCGGCGCCUAGGAGUUGGAGGCGGUAGCGGACGGGCAUCAUGGACAAAGCUAAAGAAAACAGCAUUUCAGGACCCAUUAAGACGACAGUUCCCUUUGGUGAUGGUCCAAAACGCGUUCCGGUGACCCCGCAGUUGGCUUCUCAGAAUCUGUUAUCCGCAAGUAGCGGCCAGGCGCAGCGAGUCUUGUGUCCCGCAAAUGCCUCCCAGCGCAUUCCUGCACAAGCACAAAAGCUUGUCUCCAGUCGUAAACCAGUUCAGAUUCAGAAGCAGAAGCAAUUACAAACAAUGCCUGUGCCUCAGCCUGUCUCCAGGCCACUGAAUAACACCCAAAAGAGUGAGCCGUCCCAGCCACCAGCAUCUGGAAACAAUCCUGGAAAAGAACUGGAAUCGAAACAGAAAAAAGAAGAAUCAAAAAAGAGGCAAUGGGCUUUGGAGGAUUUUGAAAUUGGUCGCCCAUUGGGUAAAGGAAAAUUUGGUAAUGUUUAUUUAGCAAGAGAAAGACAAAGCAAAUUUAUCCUGGCCCUUAAAGUAUUAUUUAAAGCUCAGCUAGAGAAAGCAGGAGUUGAGCACCAGGUGAGAAGAGAAGUAGAAAUACAGUCCCACCUUAGGCAUCCUAAUAUUCUCAGACUGUAUGGUUAUUUCCACGAUGCCACCAGAGUUUACCUAAUUUUAGAAUAUGCGCCUCUUGGAGCAGUCUAUAGAGAACUUCAGAAGCUUUCUAAGUUUGAUGAACAGAGAACUGCUACUUAUAUCACAGAAUUGGCAGAUGCACUGUCUUACUGUCAUUCAAAGAAAGUUAUUCAUAGAGACAUCAAGCCAGAGAACCUGCUCCUCGGGUCAGCUGGAGAGCUUAAGAUUGCAGACUUUGGGUGGUCGGUACAUGCCCCAUCCUCCAGGAGAACCACUCUCUGUGGAACCCUUGACUACCUGCCUCCUGAGAUGAUUGAAGGCCGGAUGCAUGAUGAGAAGGUGGAUCUCUGGAGCCUUGGAGUUCUUUGCUAUGAAUUUUUAGUCGGGAAACCUCCUUUUGAGGCAAAUACAUACCAAGAGACUUACAACAGAAUAUCAAGGGUUGAAUUCACAUUCCCUGACUUUGUAACAGAGGGAGCCAGGGACCUCAUUUCCAGACUGUUGAAGCAUAAUCCAAGCCAAAGGCCAACUCUAAAAGAAGUACUUGAGCACCCCUGGAUCACAGCAAAUUCAUCAAAGCCACCAAGUAGCCAAAAAAAAGAAUCUACUAGCAGACCAUCUUAAGAAUCUUGCAGGGGAAGAAGUCUUUGAGCCGUGGGGGCUGCUGUAUAAUGUGGCAGGAAAAUGCCACUGAAACUCACUCAGCUGUCACUGCCGGCCCUCAAUCUUUAUUAUUAUUAUUAUUAUUUUUUUUUUUUAAUUUACUGAGCAGGCAGUAACUCAGUUAUUUCUAUUCAGAAAACUCUAUUUCAAUAAACCUGAUAUUCUGAAGUGAAAGUGGCAGUAGAAUUGUGCUGAUUUUACUGGCCUCAUAACCUUGAGGCAGGGUUUACCUGCAGUCACCCCAACAGCCCAUGCAGCGAGGAGACUUGUGGAAGAAACAUGGAGUCUGGUUGUGGAAACUGAUGACCUCCAGACUUCAUUAAAGAACUGUGCAAUAACCUUUCAAGGACCUGAGUGUGUGUGUAACUUAUUGGGUGGCCACGCCUGGCGAAGCUGUUGGAAUGAAUACUUCUUUUUUUAAAUGUUAAAAUGACUUUUGCAUAGACUUGUAUGUUUACUUCAAUAGCAUCCCCUCAGGAAGGCUCUCAAUGUCUGUCCAACCUCCUGUCCAGCCUGUUGGGUGCUUGGUCCCCUUCAACCACUUACCCCUAUAUGAGACUUUGUAAAAUAGUUAACAUGUGCUCUACCUCCAUUUUUCACAGCUAUAUCUAAAUGUUAAGGACUUAUUUUUUUUAUUACAUUGGAGCUAUGGCAUGUGUGCAAACUUUAAAAAUAAAUGAA